UUUGUGAUUGUGAAUAAAAUUGAUAAAAGUUUUGAGUGAAUUGUAGAUAUUUCCCGCUGAAUCGAUAGAUAUGUGCCUGCAAAAGUGGCAGAAUUAAUUGAUACUCGAAAAACAAAAGUUGCGUAUAAUGGAAAAGCAUUAAAAAAAAAAGCUUAUGACACAUAAAGUGAUAUAAAUUGGACUUUGUCAUGCAAACCUCAUAUACUUAAUCGAAAGCUUUCGACGCUAUUCACUCCCGAGGGUGCUCUUUUUUUGGCAUUAACUGGUGUUGUGAUUAAUGUGUGCAAUUACGCAAAUUAUGGAUUGAAGCACCUGCAACACUGAUUGUGUCAAUGCUGUGUUGUGAAUACUAAAUCACAAAAACGGAUCUCUCAAAAAUACUCGGUAAUUUUUGGUCAAAUAGAAUGCUGAUUGAUGAAGGAAAGUAGUAUGGCUAGAGAUGGAGAAAUUCCUGCAAUUUUUAACCCACGACGUGUUCGAGCUCCCUCAGUUGUGGUCACUGGUGACUCUCCCAAUGGGCCCUUUGGCGGCUUUACGCCCAGCGGCACCGGAAGUUCUGCCCCACCCCAGAUUACCCAUUCGGAUUCUGUGACUUCGAGUCAGCCCGAUGCUUCGGAUCACACAACAGCUCUUAUGCAAUCAAGUGGAGGAUGUCAGACGCCAACUCCUACAACAGAUCAUGCAGCCACAUGCAUCGGUUCCACGACUCGUCCACCCCGGAGCCGUUUGCGAUCUUGCAGAGACUCCUGCUGUUCCAGCAGUGCACAGAAAAUCUACUUUGGUAUCUGUGUAACUCUCCUGGUUACAGCCACAUGGGUUGGAGCUACACACUGUAUAAAAUUUCUCUAUCUCACCCACAAUUCCUACGCCACACUGCCCAUCAUCACGAGAUCCAUGGUAGGUGAAGCUAUUGCCAAUUCAAGCAGCUUCAUCCGGACCAGGGAUUCGCUCACAUUUUCCGCCGUGGGCUUCAAUGCGCCAUUCUUUGCAUCCUGGUUCUGCACCAAUUUUUCCAUCUUCUUUUUUCCCAUCUACCUCUUGGGACGUGUGGCAAUGAAGAAGUGUGAAGCUCCAGGAGAGAUUCUUGGAGACGUACUCCGAGGAUUUAGAGAUCGGGGAUUUACAGUUGGGCGCUUCCUCAACCGUUGCCUCACCUUCUGCAUCCUCUGGCUCAUCACCACUUACCUCUAUGCUUUAUCUCUGCGAGCUCUGCUGGCUACAGAUGUGAUGGCUCUCUUUGCCACAAAUGUCGCCUGCGUGUACCUCCUGUCGUGGGUGAUUCUGCACGAACAAUUUGUGGGAGUGCGGAUAGUGGCCGUGAUCCUCUGUGACACGGGAGUAGCACUCCUGGCGUACAUGGAUGGUAUCACGGGCACACCCACGCUGGGUGGUGUAGUGCUGGCGGCUCUGGCAGCUGCCGGAUAUGCCGUGUUCAAGGUGAUGUUCAAGAAGGUGAUGGGUGAUCCCCCAGUUGGUGAGAUUGCCUUUACAUUCUCCUUCUUGGGCUUCAUGAAUGCUGCCCUCCUCUGGCCUGUCUGCAUUGGCCUCUACUUGUCCGGCACCGAAGUGAUGCCAUGGGAAAUUAUGCCAUGGAUCAUCCUCCUUAUGGCUAGUGUUCUACUUUUAAUGUUUCAUCUUUUAACGCAAUUCAGCACAGCAAUAACUUACAAUGUUUUUGUAACUCUUGGACUCAUCACUUCUGUACCAGUUUCUGCAGCUCUAGAUGCAACUCUGUAUGGUGCAGAAUUUGAUGGGAUGAAGUUGGCAGGGAUUAUCUUAAUUGGAGUUGGUUUCUUUCUCGUCAUGUUGCCAGACAAUUGGCCUGACUAUAUUACAAGACUGUUGCGAAAAACUGGUCGUGCUAUCCUCCGAUACCAAUGUUGUUGCGAUUAUGCUGAAAUUGAUUACGAUAAUUCGAAAUAUCAUAUUGUUGGGUCACAACGCGAGAUGGGGACGGCAUCCCCGAAACGGAACUCCUGGGGGCCCCUAUCGCGAUGUCAUCGACUAUCGGACGGGCUACAUCCGUUCGCAUCUUCGAUCUCCCUCAGGCAGGGUGAGAUGACUGAGCAGCAGUUCCUCCAGCAUCUCCAGCUGCAGCAACUCUCCCCAUACAGCAGCAAUAUUAAUCUCAGUGUAAAUUAUCCACAAUCCUCAUCGCCCACACUCUGUGUGGCUGAGACCAAUUUCAUGCGCACCGGCAGCAAACGCAAGUACUCUUACGGAUCUGUUGAGUAAAAUGGAUAAACUUUCAUCAUUGAAAAAAAAACUGUAAAAAUAAAUCGUUGUCACAAAAAACUCCAAGUCCAGACUCUGCCUGGUCAUAGGCGUAGUUUCGUUAUCGAAAAGUGUCUCGGCUUAAAAGUAAAUGCAGUGAGCCCAAACACAAAUAGAUUUUGAUUCUCCAAUAGUGUCUUGGAUAAAAGGUAUGGAACACUAUUUGCACAAAAAGUCGUUGAUGUUCGAAGAUUUCAAAUUCAAUUUCGAAUUUUCAUACUAAACUUUCGAACAAGGUGGAAACAAUUUAUCAAAUAUCACACUAAAAAGCUGGCAAAAGAGUUACUCAGUGAUUAUGGAGUGAUUGAGUAAUGGAAUAAGAACAGUAAGCGUCGUUGUUCUGUUUUAUUCCUCACAACAAUGUGAAGACCGUCAUAUUUUGACACUUUUGUAAGAAAGUCUCUUUUUUGGAUUUUCAAAUAGAUUUUCGAAUUUUUCAAGAUCUACUUCUGUACGGAAAGAGUACACACGGCUCUUCGUUAUCCGGGUGACAGCUGCCAAACACUGGCAGUUGAUGUAUUCAAAAUUAUUUUUACUAAACAUGAAGUUUCUCCAGUGUGAAUUAAAGUAUUAUUAUCAUUGUAUCGAAGUUUUUAAUACAUAAUUGUGAUAAAAAAUGAAACAUAAGCACGCCAUGAAGAAAAUUCUCUUGUUCUUUGUCAGACAGAAAAUAAAUUCACACUGCACAAAAUAGAAAAACCGUUGAUCAUUCAAAAAACCUAAAUGUCAUUUUGUCCCCCAGUCAGCCGGAUAACGAAGAGCCGUGUGUACAUACAUUUACACAAAAUUUCUCUGAUAUUCGAAAAACUGAUUUCCGAAUUUCCACACCAAAUUUUCUCGCAAAAGUUGUGAAAAUUUACAUGAAAAUACCAAAAGAAAAUGCUAUAUAAAUUGCUCAAUUAUUAAGUUGGAAAUUUAAUGAAGCAGAAGUAAGGUAAAAUCAUCACUUAUGGACAGUUUUCAAUAUCUUAAAUUUUUACCUAAAACAAAUUUCGAUGGAUAAACCAUUAAAUUAGCAUUUUAAAUUGUGAUUAAUAAAUUGGCAAUUUUUCGAAAUGUGUUUUAUUUAAGAUUUAAUAUUUUUGAUAGGUGUCCAUAAGAACUAUAGGGUAAAGGCUCAUAAUUUGGUCCAGUCUGCUUAUAAGCAUCGAUGUUCCAAGUUUGAAGUGCGAUAUUUUCAAUACUAAUUGACUUUUUUUGUUACUCUCUUUUCAGAAGGGUUGUUUAGAAACUUGGCAAGCUAUUUAUCGUCUUAUUUUUACUAAAAUUAGUUUUAAUACGUUUAAAAAUGAAUUGAUAUGUAGACGUGAAUUUGACUCUUAUUUUGGACAAAUUGGUUAUUAAUUUGGACAACUUGGCUGUAAAUUUGGACAGCUAAUCCGCCUCGACAGGAUGCCCAUUGUUCUUUAUUUCAUGAACCAAUCUUACCAAUUUCUCUUCCUGUUCAUAUAAGAUAAGGGAAACGUAGAAUGUCACAAUAAGCCCGGAAACUUUCCAUAUCAUUUAUCAAAGUGAGUUGACUUCGGUACUCCAAGUACGUGCGGAUUCGCUCAUUCCCUGGCCUUUCCGGGAGCUUUUCAAGGUUUUUCAAAGAAAUUUCAACUCAAAUCAUAUUCAAAAUUUAACGUAUUUAAUGUUAAAAUCUUCCAAAAAGAACAUAGAUAGAAUUCAUUAUUCAUUAAAUAUUGGAUUAAAAAUCCAUAAUUUUAAUCAAUUUAUUUUUAGUGUCCAAUUUUAUUCUCAAAGUGUCCAUAAUAAGAAACUGGACAAAAUUAUGAACCUUUACCCUAUAUCCAUAUAGAGCCAAAUUGUGCCGAUCUGUCGACCUCAUUACGGUCUGCCGAUUCGGCCGAAUUUCCGCGGAAUUUCUGCCGAAUUGGCAAACUGUCACAAAAUCAACAGAUUGGUACGAGAUCGAAAAAGCCACUUUUUCACGCCUUAAAAAUUCCCUUAAAAUCUUAAUGUGGUAUUUACAAAACUAUUGUAAAAUUAUUUAGUUUGAAUUUUCGAACAUCAACGACAUUUUGCCCAUACAAACUUUAAGUUUUAAGCCGAAACCGUUUUAGAUAAUCGAACUAAAACCCUGUGAACAAGCAAACUUUAUCCUUUUUACCACAAAACCCGGAGAAAAAAAAAAUUUUUCAAUCAAGUGGUAAAAAAGUGUUGUAAUACAUUUAAUAGAACUUUAGGUUUAAUGAAAAUAUUUACGGAAACUGAAAGCAUGUUUCAAGGUUGUUCUUUCUUACUACAAAAAUUACAGUUAUAUUUAUCAAUAAAAGAAAUCCUUAGAAUUAAUAUCUUUCAUUGAAAAUUCCAGAAAAGUGCUUUUAAUUAAAUGUAGGCCUUCACUGGAAUUUUCAAAAGAGAUAAAAAAGAAAAUUUCCUGCCUUUGAAACUCUCUAAAAAAGGAAAAAAUACAAAAACAAUUUCUAAAAGUUAGUGAUUUGUAAAUUUUACGAAGAAAAAAAAAUAUCAAUUCAUAUUUGCAAUUGUUUUUAGAUAAACUAAAUAAUACUGUAACCUAUUUAAAAUAGACUUAAUAAAUCUUUUGAAUGUUGAA